AUGCGGCGCCGCCGCCGCCGGGGAGCGCCCAAUGGCGGCGGCGCGGGCGGGCCGGGCUGGGGCGAUCGCGCCGGGGAGCGCCCGCAGCGCCCGCGGAGCAGCGCGGCCGGCGGUAGGUGCGUGGGGCCGGGCAGCCGCGACCCGCGGGGAGCAGGGGGAGCCCCGUCCUCCGCCUUCGGAGCCUCGGGAAGGGGGGCUGCGGCUCGGGGCUGGCGGGCAGCGCUGGCGCGGGCGGAACACUUCAGAAACUGGAGCCGAGGAGCCCGAAAGCGAAGGCAGGUGCCCCUGCUGGCGGAGCCGGGGCCGCCGCCUGCCCCUCGGUGCCUGCGGAGCCGGGCCGCCCGGGGUUCCCCUCCGCGCUCCGGCCCUUUCCCCGGCCGGGGUCGCGGCACCGCUCCCGGCCGCGACCCUCUGUACCGAGAGCGGGCCCGUUCCCCUCGCUGCCGGGCUCCCUCAGGGCCGCUCUCCGCGGCCGCUGCCGGUGCCGGGCUCCCUCAGGGCCGCUCUCCGCGGACGCUGCCGGUGCCGGGCAGCCCUCGGGAUAUGCGGCUGUGCGCCUGCGAGCGGGUCGGUGCUCCUCGGCUGCGGAAGGGUUAA